AUGGAAAAGAAACUUCAAGCAAAAGAUGAAGUCAUUGAAGCAAAAGACAAAAGCAUUCAGAAAAGAAUACCACGUUCGGUACCAAAAGGUAAGGAAAAGAACUAUAAGUAUAUGAUUUAUACUGAAGAUAUGGAGAAAGAAGAAGACAGUGACAUGGUUAUGUUGCAUUUAGUCAGAAGAAACAACAAAAGCUUUUACGACCUUGCUAAGAUUUACAAAUCUGACAGAAAUUGGUUCUAUCGCGAAAACUUACCGAUUUCAAUGACUCCAAAUGAAGAUGUGAAACAAAUAGUUCAAGAUACGUUACCUCAAACACAAUAUGAUAUUAAAGGUUGUACAAUUCUUACAUUCAAAGAAGAUUUGUCAUUGUUAAAGGAAAAAAUAACAGAGUAUUUUGACAACUUCAAACAAGCAGAGUAA